ACGCUUGCCUAGAUUAGGAAGAUGCCGUAAGCACAGUGAGAGAAUGAAGGACUUACCGCUUUUGGACGUUUGCUAAAGUCUUCCUCUAAUUUUUCUACACCUUCAAGACCGUCUAGAAAGGCUCAAAAGCACCGUUCUUUUCUAACAAACUAUCAUGGCAUUUGGUGCCCCAGGCGGACGAGGCGGUUUCGGUGGACGAGGCGGUGGACGAGGCGCAGGAGGUGGACGUGGUGCUCCUAGAGGUGGUCGCGGUGGAAGCCGUGGGGGUUUUGGUGGGGGUUUUGGUGGCGGUGGACGAGGAGGUGUCGCCAAGCGAGGUGGUGAUCGUGGUGGACGUGGCGGCCGAGGUGCACCGCGAGGUGGUCGUGGUGGCGCGAGGGGUGGUGCGAGAGGCGGUUCCAAUGUGAUCGUCGAGCCUCACAGGCAUCCUGGCGUUUUCGUCGCAAAGGGCAAGGAGAGUUUGCUCGUCACCAAAAACAUCGCUCCUGGAGAGUCAGUAUACGGCGAGAAGCGUAUUUCUGUCGAAGGUGGUGUUGAUGGCACGAAGAUUGAAUACCGUGUAUGGAAUCCCUUCCGAUCCAAGUUGGCUGCCGGUAUCCUUGGUGGAUUGGACGACAUUUAUAUCGCGCCUGGCAAGAAAGUUCUCUAUCUUGGAGCUGCAAGCGGAACCAGUGUCAGUCAUGUUGCUGAUAUUGUUGGACCGGAGGGUGUCGUGUACGCUGUUGAGUUCUCGCUCCGUUCAGGACGAGAUCUGAUCAACAUGGCGAAGAAGCGAACCAAUGUCAUUCCAAUUGUUGAGGAUGCCCGAACACCACAAAAAUAUCGCAUGCUUUUGUCCUCCGUCGAUGUCAUCUUCGCCGACGUUGCUCAACCUGAUCAAGCACGUAUUGUUUGCUUGAAUGCCGAAUAUUUCCUCAAAAAUGGCGGUCACAUUGUUAUCUCUAUCAAAGCUAGCUGUAUCGACUCGACCGCAGCACCAGAAGUUGUCUUCGCCCGCGAAGUCAAUGAGCUCAGGAAAGGCAAGUUCAAGCCCCUUGAGCAAGUCACGCUGGAGCCAUAUGAGCGUGACCAUGCCAUGGUUUCUGCUGUCUACCAGAGACACCAGUGAUCUUCCGUUCGCUCCCUCAUGAUUUCUGACAAUGUACAUAGGCCGACAUUCUUCCUCUCAAUGGUUUCUUUUGCUUUCGUGUAUUCUUGUAUCUAUCCGUCAAAAGUAGUUCUGCUCUGCUUUUUUCCUCUCUAUGAAAUCGCUCUGUAAUCCUUUGCGAUUGGUAUGAGGCUUGCAAAGUUAGAAAUGAAGUUUAUUGAGACUGGCGUAACUGCGGAAGUUGUGGAUCAUGA